GAGGAGCACACCGUACAUCCGUGUCCGAAAAGGCGAGACAAUCCUCGCACUUGAAUAAGAAGUGGCGUUUUAAUGUCAAUUUCGCUUCCAGGCACUGCCCACCUCCCGCGGACAAACUCAGACAAUGUUGUGUAUGAAGAUGUUGUAGAGAGCUACUUCCUGGAACAGUUUUCAGUCCAUAUAAGAUGUACCAGUCCCACGCACGUUCAGUCUGUCUCUUCAGUCCAGUCAAAACAUACCAACACUGUUCUGGUCUUGAGUCAUUUCAAACAGGAUGAGUGACGUUUGCAAGUACAUUCAAGUCGAGGCUGAUGACGGCUGUUGGGCACUGGCUGACCGCUGUGGCAUCUCCGAGGAUGACCUUGCCAAGUAUAACCCUGGGAAUGGCUUCUGUGAUAACCUCAUCCUUGAUCAGUAUGUCUGCUGCUCGGAGGGAGAUCUUCCAGACUUUUCCCCUAAACCUGAUGACGAUGGCAACUGCUAUGUUUAUGUCGUUCAGAAAGACGACAACUGCGCUGAUAUUGCCAAAGCAAACAAGAUCAAUGACUGGAAAACGAUCGAAGACUGGAACACACUUACAUGGGGCUGGAUGGGAUGCGACUCGCUACCGGAAAAGGCCAAAAUCUGUCUGAGUGAGGGCGAUCCGCCAUUUCCAUCCACAGUCGAUGACGCUGUUUGCGGUCCUCAGAAAAAAGGCACCAAAAAGCCAGACAAAGGCAAUGCUUGGGACUGGGCGGACCUGAACCCAUGUCCCCUCAACGCCUGCUGCGAUGUCUGGGGUCAAUGCGGCAUCACACCGGAAUUCUGCACCAAUUCCACGAUGGACGGCGGAGCACCAGGCACGGCCAAGAAUGGCACCAACGGCUGUAUCUCCAACUGUGGCACCGAUGUCAAGAGCACACCCACCCACCCCGGCAGGCCGAUGCGAAUCGGCUACUUCGAGGCGUGGAAUCUUGACCGGCCCUGUGCCAAUAUGGACAUCUCCAAAAUGACAGAUGGUGACAUAUAUACACAUGUCCAUUGGGCCUUUGGCAACAUCACAGAGAGCUGGGAGGUGGACGUCAGCGGUCUACAGGAACAGUUUGACGGGCUGAAGGAGCUCAAGGAUAUCCAGAAAAUCCUAAGCUUUGGUGGCUGGGGGUUCUCAACUGAACCCUAUACGCACAAUAUCUUCCGGGAGGGCGUCAAGGACGGCAAUCGACAGGUUCUGGCUGCCAAUGUUGCCAAGUUUAUUAAUGAUAAUGACCUGGACGGGGUGGACUUUGACUGGGAAUAUCCUGGCGCGCAAGAUAUUCCAGGCAUUGAACCAGACAGCCUUGACUCGGGCAAGAACUAUGCCGCAUUCCUGAAACUUGUUCGGGAGGCAUUGGAUGAAGACAGGACGAUGUCAAUGGCUCUGCCGGCGUCUUACUGGUACCUUAAGGGCUUCGAUCCACUGACCCAGUAUGACGAAUACAUGGAUUAUUAUGUUUAUAUGACAUACGAUCUUCACGGCCAGUGGGACUGGAACAACACCUUUGUCAACCCUGGUUGUCCGCUCGGAGACUGCCUCCGCAGCCAUGUAAACAAGACCGAGACAGAGUACGCCCUGUCGAUGGUGACCAAGGCUGGACUCCCAUCCAUCAAAAUUGUCCCUGGUCUUGCCCUCUACGGGCGCAGCUUUGAGAUGGUCGAUCCGGACUGCAAGGGACCCGAGUGCAAAUUUACCGGGAAGGAAUCUGGCGCCACCAAAGGUUCCUGUACCGAUACGUACAUUUACAGCUUGAUCAGCCAAGCCUCCAGCAUCGACGAGGAAGACCCUAUCAACAUUGAGGAGUACGAGGACGAAGGCGAUAUCCUAGUACGUAUCUACAACAACAACCAGUGGGUAUCCUGGCUCAAGCCCGAAAGUUACAGUGCCCGCCAGCAAUGGUACGACGAGUUGCACUUCGGCGGCAGCGUGGACUGGGCCAGCGAUCUC